AUGGAAACGAUUGGACCAGACACGGCGUCACAGCAGAGGGACGUAUGUGAAACCAUCGAAGGGAAACAGGGGCUGGCGUCUUUGUACCGGGACCGGAAGUGGUAUCUUCUUGGGUGGAGUAGCCAUUUUGGGAGCCUGGAUAUGGAGAAGGUACACGGCCACCAGACAUCUCAGGAAGGAUCCAGGAUGGUGUUGGCUCACAGUGACCCAAAGGCUCUGCCUCUCCAGCUGCUCAGUUCUCUGCUUGGUGACCAGAGCAUUAACAGUAAGCACGAGAGUGACAAGGAAAAGCUGGGGUCAGAAGCAGAAGCAUUUGAACUUGAGAAUGCGCUUGUCGGGGGCGUUAUAAACCAGCUUCUUAAGGAAGUCAAGCCAGGCGUGGUCAACGGGAGCGCGACCAGGUCAAUCCUACGGCUCGUUGUUGAUGACUGUAUGGAAGAAGGCGACUACGACUCCUGCUUGGAGGCUUUGAAUAAAGCCAAAGAGCUCAUCUCUCAGGUGCAAAAUGACACAGGAAAGUCCAUGAAAAUUGAGUCUGCACCCCCAGAUGUUGAGGUCAAAGAAGAGAUUCCAAAGAAAAAGGACAUUCUAGAGGGGAAGGCUGUCUUUGCUGUAGCCUUGGUGCUGCCGCUCAUGGUUAUGUUAGGUUUCUGCAUGAUUAGAGCAUUUAAAAGAAAGAAGACUGGACAGGCAGAAGAAAGUGAAAUGGAGGCCAAGAGACUGCUGUCCACACCACGCCUGGCCAAUUAGAA